CAGAUUUUUAAGUGGACGAAUUCUUUGCAAAAUGAUCAAACAGGAAGGCAUAUAAAGGCUAGAGUGUGCAUUUAAGUGUAACAGUUUGCAGUUGGAGUUCAUGAGGAAAAAGUAAUUGUAUCUAUGAGAAAAGGCAACAGUAACCAUGGCAACUGAAGAGGAAUGGGAAAACCAUGGUUACGAGAUCUACCGGACGGUGACAACGACAGAGAGGCAGGCCAUGGGUAAACCGCCUUUGGAGAGAUCCACGAGUUUCACGAGCGGUGCCAUUAAGAAGGCGUCCGUGCAGUGGUACAAGAUGAAGUGGUUCUACACGGGGAAAGCGACCAAUACAUGGGGUGACGAACUACAGGGAUACGCCGUGGUAAGGGAUACUUCGCCACUGGACUUUGCGGGGUUGGAUAUUCUACGCCCCGGAAAGGUGAACCAAGUUCGUCUGCGAUUUUUCAACCUCUGCAGAGGAGAUGACGCGUCAGACGACUUCCGGUGUGCAUUUUUGAAAUUCGGGGAGCAGGAGGAUGCUGGGCCUCUGGACCUUGCGUUUACAACGGGGCGGAUGGCAAGCUUCACGAAUAUCGCAGGCCUCCAGGAGUUCUGUAGCGCCGUGGACGGAGAUGAGGACGCUGUGCGUGACUGGGCGCUAAAAUCGCCUGACAAUUACUUCUCUCUCGUCGAUGGAAUCCGAAGGUCUCCGGAAUGUCGCACGGAACUCGAUUAUAAUAGUCACGUGACGUAUCGCCUAGCAACAGACGAUGAACACAAAAUCGUCAGAUUCCGUCUCCAUGGCAACAACGAUGACGCCCGUCGCUUAAAAACACGAGAAGACCAAGAAGAGGCUUGGAAAAUCCAGCGACCGGAUAUUCAGUUGCCCGCAGACACGUAUCUCACGGACCGCCUUCUUAACAUCGCUUCCAAUCACAAGACGAUGACGCUCCAGGUGCAGGUGCGCGAUUUUGACUCUACCAAUCCCACAGAAUGCGAACCCACGAGGUAUUGGGAAGAGGAGGCGUAUCCAUGGCAAGAUCUCGCUGACGUCACGUUGACGUUCAUCGUGCCCAAAUUGAUGGAGGAGCGCGCGAAUUACGAUUUCUUGCUUUUGCCCGAUGGUCUACAAAUAGAAACACCCGUAGGUGGAGAAAAUUACGCAAAUCUGGUUUCUAUCCAAGAAAAGGUGUUGACGUCGACGGCCCGCAAAAAGCACCCGGAAGAGAUGCACGUGGAAUCGCCGAAGACGACGACGUACCUCGUGCACGUAGAGACCGGAAAUCAUCUGUUUUCGGGGACAGACGCCGGCGUCUAUAUCGCCUUAUAUGGCACAAAAGGUAGAACUAAACGCUACCUCUUGGACAAACUCUUCCACGAUGAUUUCGAACGAGGCAGCAAAGAGUCGUACUAUAUAACGACGCCGGUGAUUGGUGAUGUCAAAUGUGUGCAGGUGUUUCUGAUUGGUGGAAAAUUCACGUUCAAGCGCAUCUGGUUCCUUAGCAACAUCGUCUUAUUUGACCUGACAACCAGGAAAAUGUUUGAGAUUCCCUGCAAUAAAUGGAUUGAUUCGAAGAUAACACUUCCUACGGGUGAAGCGAAGCUUGCCACACAGGAGACCCACCUGGACCGGAAGUAUCUCCGUCAGAUCUACCUGGAGGAGCAACAGAAUCUGCUCAAAUGGAGCACCGACAGCCCGGGACUUCCGGGUCAGCUAGCAUGUGACAAGUACGACAGCCUUCCCCUGGAGUUGAAGUACUCGAGUGAGCGGCAGAUUGAGAAGAAGAAGAUUAUCCUAGACGUGGUUCUCAAACUCAAGCUGAACAAAUACAUGCGGAUAUUUCAGUCCUUUGAUUCGCUCGAAGACUUCAAAGACAUGGCCAAAGUCGUGCCGGAAACGGAAACGUCUAAGGCAAUCUUAGAGGACGACCGGUGGAGGCAGGACGCGGAGUACGGACGCGAGAUGUUAGACGGGGUGAACCCGGUCCUCAUCCGGAGGUUAACGCGCAGCCUCCCCCAGUUUCCGGUCACUGACGAAAUGGUGGGAGAACAGCUGGACCGCGGGAUGACUCUCAAGGAGGAAAUGGAGUUUGGCCACAUCUAUUACAUCAACUACAAGCACAUGGUUGACGUAGAACGGAAAGACAAAUUCGUGCCCAACCCGCUCAUCAUGUUCUACGUGACCCGAGCUGGACAGCUUAAACCCAUAGCCAUACAACUUGAGCAGAAACCGGGGCCAACAAACCCCAUAUGGACCCCUAAAGAUCAAGAACUGGGAUGGCUUCUUGCUAAAACUUAUGUAAAAUCAGCCGACUCCCACUACCAGACAGUUGUCGGCCAUCUACAAAUGGCGCAUAUCGUUAUGGAGAGUUUCACGCUCGCUAUGUACCGCCAAUUACCCCAAAACCAUCCGGUUCACAAACUACUCAUCCAGCAUACGCGCUUCGCGGUGGCAGGGGCUCAAAUGGGGCGGGACCUGCUGCUUGAUGGGCCGGAAUCCGUAUUUCAGAAGAUUCUGGCGCUGCCUGGGAAUGAGCGGGAAUUCAUGCGCGCUUAUUUCGCAGACUUCCACAUGGAUCAAUUAAUACCUCCCAAAAACUUUGCGGAAAGGGGCGUGGAUGAUCGAGAACUGUUACCCGGAUAUCAUUAUCGAGAUGAUGCGAUGUUAGUGUGGGACAAAAUCGCUGAAUAUGUCGAGAAAGUGUUAAGGAUUUUCUACAGCAAUGAUUCCGAUGUUAAAGAAGAUAGUGAACUACAAGAGUUCGUUAAGGAUAUUCGUGAGAAUGGUAUGACAAAGCGGCCGGGAAAGAGUAAUGGUUUUCCAGAGACCCUUAAAACCAUUAAAGAACUCACAGAGUUUGCGUCCAUGAUCAUUUUUCACUCCAGCGUCUAUCACGCCUCCAUGAAUUUCAGUCAGUCGGAUUACUUCAGUUUUGGUCCGAACUACCCAGGUGCAAUGCGUAGAGCUCCACCUACCAGCAAAGCGCCCGUUACAGAGAAAGACAUCAUGGAAGCUCUACCGACCAAAGCUGACCAGGCAGUGUCCAUUGCAUUUUCUCACUACCUCAGUGAACCACUGAGUGACGAGAUCUACCUGGGCGAGUUCAAGGAGAGCUUUUACACGGAGACGGAAGUCCGAGACAUUCUAGACUGGUUUGCAGACGAGAUGAGCGAAAUUUCCCGCCAAAUCCGCGCGCGCAACGACGAUCUCGAAAUACCUUACGUGUAUCUCAUACCAGACAACAUACCGAAAUCUGCCGGACAGUGAGACGACCAGCGCCAUCAGGGUGAUUCUUCAGGGACAAUUUAGACACGGGGUCUGAGACUUUUUAAAUUGUGAAUGCAAAUAUUUCAUUUAGGAAACCCGGCACGGUUUUAAAAAGAAAUUUUACAUGAAUGAUUUAUUUUAAAGCUCAAUUUCAUGUACAUAUAUGGAAUGUAAAAUACAGUCGAAACUCGCUAUGUCGAACUCUAUUGUCUCGAUGCUCGGUUAUUUCGAACUUUUUUUAAUGUGUUCGGUAAAGUUGUACAUUUUUUGUAUUUCGGUUAUAUCGAAUGAUCGGUAUCUCAGUGUUAUCCCAACGACUUCGAAAUUUUCAGUUAUGCCUGUAUAUCCAUCAUAAAAUUAUCAGAACUAUUUUCUAAACAUUCAUGACAUCAAACCAUUUGUGGUGCAAUAAAUCAUUUUGAAUAUAUCUUCCAACAUAAUACAUGUGUACCUUAAAAUGCAUAGUGCCUUGAAUGUACAAGAGCAUCUUUCAUUCACACAGAUAUAUAAUCUGUGUUGUGUAUUUGUCUCUUGGUGAAGUGUCUUUGCAUUUCUAUUGUUCAUCAUUUGUUAGGCCACUGUUUUCAGGAGCCAUUUUAUAAAGACUCGAUUGAGUUUUCAAAUGGGAGAUUUUCAACAUCCCAAUACCACUAUUGAAAAUAUCCCCCCACCCAGGAUGCUUAAUCAACAGCCACCUUGUGUCAGACUUAUUACAGAUGCACCUCGGUUAUAAAUUGAAAUUGUAUAUUUUUCUUCAAAUUCACAAAAUAACACAAAUUUCUUUGCACCGGUAGGUGUUAUACUCAUUGAAGGUACGCAGAUAUUCUUAAAUUCUGGAAACAAGAUAUUAAAAUGCAAAAAGUACUUUUAAGAAUAAGAUUUUUAAGAAGAAUGACAAUUUAAAAUUGUACACUUAAGUAUUUUAAAAUUUUCUUAAGAUGCCCCUGAUCCUGGUGCAUUUAGUGUCAUUAAUGUUUAUACAAGUCACAUUAUGGGUGGAUUGAUGACAAAUUUGUUAAAGCGUUAUUUCUCUUGAAGUUUAAUGGAUACAGUUACACUUGUGAUCUAUUGUAUUUCUAACAAGAUUUGAGGCAUUCAGCUAUACUUGUUUAUAUUCAAAUAUGUGAACAGAUCAUUGAAUAUUUCACGUUUAUAAGUAUAAAUGCAAAGUUCCGAACAAGCAGCCAAACAUUGUAUUAAUUUCAACUGCUUUGUUGCAAGCUUUUUAAUGUUAAUAUGGUUCUGAUAAGCCUUGAAUAAUGUACAUAUACUAGUAUUGUAUUAUACAUGUCAUUAUUGUUAUAUUAUACAUGUCAUUAUUGUUAUAUUAUACAUGUCAUUAUUGUAGUCUUGUAGGAUUUAUUUAAAUGUAUUCAAUAGCAUUUUUUGUUAAAUUGUAUAUCCAUAGAACAGAUUGUUUUGUUAUAUUUUCAGAUUACAUUGUUUUGUUUAUUUUUUAUCUUUAUAAAAUAUUACAUCUAGAUCUAUAUCUCCUUUCAUACUAUUCUUGUCUUUCCAUCUCGUGAUCUGUAAAACAUUUUCUCUCAAAGGCAAUAAAGAGAAGAAAUGCUU